AUGGAUAUCUAUAUUCUGGAUAUACAUGUAUGCCAAGAUAAUCAGUACGCCCUUGUAUCUUAUGUGGCCAUCUCUGUGGUAUGUCUGCUGAUGGCGGCAGUCAUCAUUUUCCUCAACGGUCUGGUCAUCUUCAUCUUAGCCCGACAGAAAGGCAACAACAGGCUUCACUUCUUCAUAUUCCAUCUUGCCAUUGCUGACCUUUGUGUCGGCUUAGUCAGCGUACUUGGUGAAGGGGUAUUCAUCGGUAUUUUGCGAGGGGACUGGUUCUUGGGUGACGUCAUGUGUCGCACCUGGCGCUAUUCUACGUUUGUAGUCCUAAUUGUGUCCAACAAUCUUCUGAUCGGAAUGAGCGUGGACCGCUAUCUGGCUGUACGAUACCCGCUAAGGGCAAUUACUGGAGAGUACCGCCCAUACAAAGCCAUUAUUAUCGGCUCAUGGAUAAUGGCCCUUCUGAUUCCUGUGUGGACGUUUCCGUACACGGGCGCUGUCCUUUAUAAAACUACCCACUACUGUGACAUAAAUAUCUCGACAGAACUUGGUUGGAAGCUUUAUGUCUGGUUCACACUGCUUCUUGUGUUCUUCAUUCCCUUCCUCGCUGUCUCUGUCUGCUACAUUGGCAUCACAAUUGUCGUCUGGAAUCACUGGCGGGAAAGCAGGAAUCUCACAGAAAUGAACACUAUAUUAGAAGGUUAA